AUGUCUGCCAGCCAGGACCCCAUCGAAGCGGCCAUCCUACAGGGCAUCGAUGCCCAACCCGCCUCCUCGUACCAGGAAGACCGUCGAGCAGCAGCCACCUCCUCUGCGCCCAACACAGACGACGAGCUCGGCUCGGACCUUCCUGACGACGACGACGACCUAUACCAAAACGACGACGACGACGCCUCUCACACACGCUAUGGCUCCGCUGCGACCACCACCACUGCUGGCGGAAGUCGAUCUCACGGACUCUCCUCCUCACGCACCGCAACGCGCGGCGAAGAGGGUGCGACCAAUACGGGUCCUAAGGGUGUCCUGCGCGAUCGACAGCUUCGCGCACAGCAGGAGUCCAAUGCCCGCACCGCUGCUGUUCACGCCACCAACCGAGCCAUGGAGAGUCUUGCGUUGUCGUCCGAGACGUACAGCGAGCAAGUAGCCCGUGAGAAACGAGAAACUCUAGCCCGGAUCGGCCAAGAAACCCGCGAGAGCGACGACGACUCGGUCAGUCAAAGCGCCAUCGCCGACCUCCAGGCCAAGGAGAAGCGUCGCGAAGCGCGAAUCGCCGAACUCAAAUCUACCCGCACCACCACACCGAUAGCAGGCAGCGAGCGAUACUUCGGUCACCUCCGCGAGGUCGACGAACGCGGCUACGUCGCAGCGAUCGACAACGAAGAUCCCCGAAUCCCGGUGGUAAUUCAUAUCUACUCCAAAGCUGUAGCCCAGUGCAACAGUUUGACUGCAUCACUGGCGAGUUUGGCGCGGCUGUAUCCGAGAACGAAAUUCCUCCAGGUACAGGCGAGCGCGAUAGGCUUUGGACAGGAGGACGAGGAAGAGUACGAUGAGUUGGAUCCUAAGACGUUGGAAGUGCUACCGACAUUGCUGGUGUAUAGGGCGGGGAGACUGGUGGCGAACCUGGUGAGGGUGGAUCUGGAUCCGAUGUGGGGACACGGCAGGGAGCAGGAUGUACGGGAUCUGCUCGAUUCGCACGAUGCACUGGUGGGCGAUGCGGAUCAGGGAUCGAAAGGUGGUCAGACGGUCGCUGGCGACAAUGACGACGAUUGA